AUGAACGAUUACAUGGAAAACACUGGAGUUUUCUUCCCACCGAAAGUCAAACGACAUCUUCGAGCUUUUUACCCAUAUCUCGAGAAGCAAACCACAAGCACACAUGCUCUCGAACACCGCGCUUCCGAAGCUCCCCAUCCAAUUAAACUGGCAACCAUCAAAACUUGGAUCAAAACAUGUGAAUCUACUCACGAGAAUCACUGCGUCAAUUCAGAAGCCAGGAUUUUCGGGAAGCCGGUGUGGCUGAUUGACGUUGUAAAUUCAUGUGUAGUUCCAGCUGGAGCAAACCCCUAUUUUGCUCUGAGUUAUACCUGGGGUGCGGCAGAGUGCACCUCACUGACGCGGAGCAAUCUUAGCGAUCUACAGAAACCUGCAUCUUUAUCGGCUGUUAAGUUGGCCAGGACAGUGAAAGAUGCAAUUAAUCUGACUGCUCGACUGGGUUACCAGUACUUGUGGGUGGAUAAGCUGUGCAUCGUUCAAGAUGAUUUGGAUGAAAAGAUGGCCCAGAUCCAUGCUAUGAGAGCAGUGUAUGCCGGCGCUUAUUUGACGAUAGUUGCAGCCCAGGGCUCAGAUGCUUCGGUUCCAAUUUAUAGUAGCCUGGUGAAUGAGGAAGAUUGCGAGCCAAUCUGUGUUCAGCGGGCGAACCCGAGGAAGCAUGAAGGUCUACAAUUAUUUGAUUCCAGGUGUGAUCAGGAUGAAAAUGGAAAGGUUGAAGAAAAUACUGCAGAGGAAGCCUCUUCAUUUUCAGACGUCGAGAAAACUCUAACUGGCAUUUUCAAAGAGGACUUCGAGACAACAUUCAUUAAAAAACGCGGCGAGGUCGAUGAAAUUAUUGGCGGCAUGGCCUGGGAAGACGAUCCAUAUUCUGACUGCGGUUCUCCGCCAGAUUACGGCAAUGUAGACGAACUGAAAACAGCUCUCAGUCAAUUCGGCCCAGAGACCUGGCAAUCGCUCAUCAGCGAAGGCAUAAUGCAACGUUUGGCAGUGGAACUCACUCAAUCGACAUGGUUUUCCCGCGGUUGGACAUUUCAGGAAUACAUUUUCUCACCUAGAAGACUCGUUUUUCAUUCGAAUACUGUCAAUUGGGACUGUCAUUGUGCAUCGUGGCACGAGAAUCAGCGACAUAUAACGUCAGAAGCAUGCUAUGGGGGGAAGAACAGUAUACUUGGCAUAGACACGAAUUCCUGGCCUAAUGUCUACCGAUUAGUCCGACUAAUAUGUCUCUUCAAUGUUCGCUUCUUGACCCGACAAGAGGAUGUUCUCGACGCAUUCGAAGGACCUCUGCAAUCUUUUGGUGCGGUUUUCGACGGUGGUUUCAUAUCUGGUCUACCUCAGAUGUUCUUCGAUGCGGCACUCUUGUGGCAACCUUACGCUCCUCUGACAAGACGAACCCCAUUUGAAACUGUACCAGCUACUGAAUCCAUUCUUCCAAGCUGGUCCUGGGUUGGAUGGCAGGGAAACUUGCAUUCUGAGAGCUGGCUUGCUUGCUUCGACUAUAUCAUCACCGAGAGUGGCUGGAGUGGAGGGAUUAUUCCAUCGUCAACACAUUCGACAGUGAAAUGGCAGUUGUCAACUACAAGCAACAGUCGAAAGACACCCAUCAUCGUAUCUGCCGACGUGUUUCGAAAGAAAUAUUCCUCACCGUCAAAAUCAGACUCCAACAGACCAGAGCGAUUACCCGAUGGAUGGUCCGGCUCUUAUGACUAUUACAACUACAAAUGUCCAAAGGCAUUUCAACCCUUUGGAAACCCGUUCCAUGAAACGCGUCAACCAUUCAAACAACCCCUUCCCACCAUGAAUGCAAAGUCGAAAGUCAAACCCUCCAUUCGGGCAGGUUUCCUCCACGGCCACACCCGCACAGCUACUCUAAAAAUCACUAACCUGCUCAGCGGCAUCCCAUCUGUUCGACAUGGUUGUGUCACGGCAGCACUUGGCUAUUCAGACAAAUUAUUUGCUGGCUAUUUACGAUUAAAUGAAGAUUCUAAUACCGUUAAGACACAAAUUGGAGACAGCUGCACGCUUAUUGAACUUUCGUCCGGCUUGUUGCAGGAUGAGGGGGAUGAAAAUUAUAGUCAAACACUUGAUUGGGAAGGUGGUGACAGUUUUACGCAUAUCAAGUCAUUUUUCAAUGUUAUGUGGGUGGAGUGGAGGGAUGGAGUUGCGUAUAGGAAGGCUGUUGGAAGAGUUGAGGAGAGUGUUUGGCGGGCUGUCUUUUCCAGGGAGAUUGAUGUUGUUUUAGGCUAA